AUGAGUACAGAGAGCGUGAGUAAGGAAAGCAUGAGUACGGAGAGAAUGAGUAUGGAGAGCAUGAGUAUGGAGAGCAUGAGUACGGAGAGCAUUAGUACGGAGAGCAUGAGUACGGAGAGCAUGAGUACGGAGAGAAUGAGUACGGAGAGCAUGAGUACGGAGAGAAUGAGUACGGAGAGCAUGAGUACGGAGAGAAUGAGUACGGAGAGCAUGAGUACGGAGAGAAUGAGUACGGAGAGCAUGAGUACGGAGAGAGUGAGUACGGAGAGCAAUGAAUACGGAGAGCAUGAGUACGGAGAGCAUGAGUACGGAGAGAAUGAAUACGGAGAGCAUGAGUACGGAGAGAAUGAGUACAGAGAGCAUGAGUACGGAGAGCGUGAGUACAGAGAGCGUGAGUACAGAGAGCGUGAGUAUGUAGAGCGUGAGUACGGAAAGCAUGAGUACGGAGAGAAUGAGUACGGAGAGAAUGAGUACGGAGAGCAUGAGUACGGAGAGAAUGACUACGGAGAGCAUGAGUACGGAGAGAAUGAGUACGGAGAGCAUGAGUACGGAGAGAAUGAGUACGGAAAGCGUGAGUACAGAGAGCGUGAGUAUGUAGAGCGUGAGUAG